AUGUCAGAAGUGAUAAAAUGCUCUGCAAUUAAGCUGUUUGGGACGACUAUAUCAUUGCCACCUGACAAGGGUUUUGCAGCAGCUUGUCAUCUUCAAGAGCAGCAAAGCUUUAGCUCCUCAAUAUCAUCAACUACAUGUGACUAUAUUAAGAGCGAUUCAGAAGGAGAUUUAACUGAGACGAAACGAGAAGAUGUUGCCACCAAAACGGCUGCAGAAACACUAAUGGAACCAGUAACAUCAUCAGAGCUCAGAGAUGACCCCGAGACUUCGGGUAAAGACUCGUUGUUGUCCCCGAAAGCUUGUAAAACAGAGGAACCGAGUGAGAGCGGUGUCUCUCAAGAAAAGACCCCGAAAAAGCCAGACAAAAUACUUCCCUGUCCUCGGUGUAAGAGCAUGGACACUAAGUUUUGCUACUUCAACAAUUACAAUGUCAACCAACCCCGGCAUUUCUGCAAAAUGUGUCAGAGAUAUUGGACGUCUGGAGGAACAAUGAGAAAUGUGCCCGUUGGUUCAGGUCGAUGCAAGAACAAAAAUGCUUCUGCUUCAAAUUACAGUAAUAUGAUCGUCCAGGAUACCCCCCAAGCAGCUCAAGCUAUUGCUAUAACGGGGAUGUACUUUCCCUGCUUGAAACCAAAUGGCACUGUCCUUAUGUUUGGUGCAGAGAGUCCCCUUUGUGAAUCCAUGGCUUCUGCCUUGGAUAUUGCUGAGAGAUCGCAAAAUUGUGUCAGAAAUGGAUUUUAUGGACAAGAAAACAGAAACCCCGUGCACCAUGGGAGAAGAGAAAUAGGUAAGGAUCACUCGAGUAGAUCUUCUGGAAUUCCUGGGACUUUUGAUCCAACAAUGCCCAAUUGGGGCUGUACCGUACUUAACAGUUGGAAUGUGCCAUUUCUAUCCCAUCCAUCGUCGUCUGAUAAUUCUUUCUUAAGUACCAAUCCUGCUCCCCCUACACUCGAGAGAUGUGCCUGGAUUCCUAAGACAUUGAGGUUUGAUGAUCUAAAUGUGGCUGCAAAGAUCUCUCUAUGGUCAUCACUUGGAAUCAAGAAUGAGAAGAUUGAUUCAGCAGUACGUUUCUUUAGGACACGUCCCGCAAAAGGGAACAGGAAUAGUAACAUAGACAGUACUUCUUUGGUGUGA